CAGGCAAGUGCCUGGUCCCGGAUUUUCGGUUCUCGCCCGCUCAGGACUCGCGUCCCCGCGGAGAGCGCUCGUAGCGCCGCCCCAGCCCCGCGUUCCCGCGCUUGCAGGCCGCCACUCCGGCCUCGGCCCGCUCACCGCCUCCCUCUAACGACCUCCGGCUGCGGCGUCGGUGACGUCGGCGUGGGGGCGGGACUUCCUGCCUUGCGCCCUGAGGUCUCGGGACCGAGCCCGCGGAGGGGCUCGCGGGUGACCGGGAGGCGAUUGGCGUCCUGGCUACACGUCGGCUACGGGCUGGCUGCGCACCCCGGAGAGGUCCCGUCCGCCGGGAAGGAGCGCCGCCGCCGCGCUCUGCCCCCGGAGCUCCCCCGGGUACCCCCGAUUCCCCCGGGGUGGGAGCCCCGGCGCUCUCGGCCCUCCGGCUGCUCCUCCUCCCCAGCCUGCGCCGUCAGCGCCGGCCGGCACCUCUCCAGGCGUGGCGGGCUGGACCCCCACCCCGCGUAUGGGACCGUAUCCCUUAGCCCCAAUGCUCCUGCGAGAAGAGCCGAGUGGGUGCCGUGGUUGCAGCUGUGGAGGUGUCCCCCGGUGGCAAGUGCUGCCAGAACACCGGUCACCAAGUUUCCUGUGCGCACGUUGCAAGGACAGUGUGUGAGUCUGAUCCAACAAACAUUUAAUUACUUUCAUAAUCCUGGAUAAGUUCUUCUGGGGAUAAUUGAGGUAUAAUUUGGCCUCCUGAGAUUCUGUCUUAUCAAGAAGGAAGAUAACUAAGAGGACUUCUCUCUUGGGAAGAAAACUAAGAAAAUAGGAAAGCCAGAACUUAUUUUUAUAUGUUUGUCAGCUCACUUAUCAAUAUGGACACUUUUCCUACCAUUUUUCCUCCUGGUGAAGACAGUGGGCUGACAAGUUCUCAGUCUGAGUUCCAAAAAUUGUUACUUGAUGAAAGGUUACGGUGCGAACAUCAUAAAAGUAAUUAUCAGAUUCUGAAAGCUGAACACACAAGGUUGCAAGAUGAGUACAUAAGGUCACAAAACGAACUCAAGCGCCUGCUAAAUGAAAAGCAAAUUCACCAGGAAAAAUUUCAGCUGCUGCUUGAAGAGCUAAGAGGGGAAUUAGUAGAGAAAACUAAAAACUUAGAAGAAAUGAAGCUGCAGGUAUUGACUCCACAAAAGUUAGAAUUGUUACGAGCCCAAAUACAACAAGAAUUAGAAACUCCUAUGAGAGAACGUUUUAGGACUCUCGAUGAAGAAGUUGAAAAGUACAGAGCUGAAUACAAUAAGCUUCGCUAUGAACAUACAUUUCUCAAAUCAGAAUUUGAACACCAGAAAGGAGAAUUUGCACGUACUUUAGAAGAAGAAAAAAUAAAAUAUGAAUCAGAGGUGGCAAGACUGGAGAAAGAUAAAGAAGAACUACAUAACCAGCUAUUUAGUGAUGAUCCCUCAAGAGACAACAAACGAGUAGAGAAGAUUGUUCAAGAGAAAGUCCAUUUGUGUCAGAAAUUAGCAGGUUUACAGGCUGAAGUAGCAGAAUUAAGGGCUGAAAAAGAGAAUUCUGGUGCUCAGGUUGAGAAUGUCCAAAGGAUUCAGGUGCGGCAGUUGGCUGAGAUGCAGGCUACAGUCAGAUCCCUGGAGGCUGAAAAACAGUCAGCUAAACUACAGGCUGAAUGCUUGGAAAAGGAGCUACAAUCAAGCAAUGAACAAAAUAAUAAUUUAAUCAGUAAAUUGCAUAAAGCUGAACGGGAAAUAAAUACAUUGACCAGUGAAGUGAAAGAACUUAAACAUUCAAACAAACUAGAAAUAACAGACAUCAAACUGGAGGCAGCAAGAGCUAAAAGUGAGCUAGAAAGAGAAAGGAAUAAGAUUCAAAGUGAACUGGAUGGAUUACAGUCAGACAAUGAAAUUCUCAGAACAUCUGUUGAACACCACAAAGCGCUCCUAGUAGAAAAGGAUCGUGAAUUAAUACGUAAAGUACAAGCUGCCAAGGAAGAAGGUUAUCAAAAACUUGUAGUAUUACAAGAUGAAAAGCUAGAACUUGAGAACAGAUUAGCAGAUUUAGAGAAAAUGAAAGUGGAGCGUGAUGUCUGGAGGCAAUCUGAAAAGGAUCAGUGUGAAGAGAAGUUGCGGGCUUCACAGAUGGCAGAAGAGUCGGCCAGAAGGGAACUUCAGAGUAUUAGGUUAAAACUUCAACAACAAAUUGUGAAUAUUGAAAAUGUAGAGAAAGAAAAAAAUGAAAAUUCUGAUCUGAAACAGCAAAUCAGUGGUUUGCAGAUCCAAGUGACCUCACUUGCACAGUCAGAGAAUGAUUUGUUGAAUUCAAACCAAAUACUGAAGGAAAUGGUGGAGAGGUUAAAACAAGAAUGCCGCAAUUUAAGAAGCCAAGCUGAGAAAGUGCAACUAGAAGUUGAAAAGACAUUGGAAGAGAAACAAGUACAGUGGUUGGAAGAAAAGCAUAAGCUUCAUGAACGUAUGACUGACAAAGAAGAAAAAUAUAAUCAAGCUAAAGAGAAACUGCAGCGAGCUGCAAUUGCUCAGAAAAAGAGAAAAUCUCUUCAUGAAAACAAAUUGAAGAGACUGCAGGAGAAAGUAGAAGUCUUGGAGGCAAAGAGAGAAGAACUGGAAACAGAAAAUCAGGUGUUACAUAGACAAAAUGUUCCAUUUGAUGAAUAUACAAGGCUUCAAAAAAGACUAAGGGACAUACAGAGAAGACAUAAUGAAUUUCGAAGUUUAAUUUUGGUUCCUAAUAUACCUCCAACUGCAUCUGUUAAUCCUGUUAGCUUUCAGUCAUCAGCCAUGAUUCCAGGCAUGGAACUAUCCUUUCCUCCUCAUAUGCAGAGAAAUUUGCUGAGAAGCAAAAUGGAUUUGAAUCUGUCCUAUCCAGGAGUGACGGUACCAGGCAUGAGAUCACCUACGGGCAGGAGGAACAGCAUCAAAGGGAACUCUCUCUACUUCGCAAAAGACUAGAAGAACUAGAAACAACACAGAGAAAACAACUCGAGGAACUUGGAUCUCCUGGGGAGUGAUGUUCUUGGAGAAAAGACAGAUCGCAACGGGUGAAAUCAGUGACUCCCUAAAGCUUGAAGUUUUAAAGUAUGUGGCAUUUAGAUACCUUAUGACUGUUUGCCAAAACACUCAAUGUGCCUCAAGAAAAGGUACCAACUAUGUGCUGUAAUUGCAUCAGUGUCUGAAUUUUAGAAUUAUACUAAUGACAAGUGAAGCAUUACCACAGCUUAAGGAGUUUAGAGUAUUUGAUGACCCUUUGAGAAUGUAAAAGUAAAAAAGUAAGUAAAAGGUACUAAUUAGGGAAAUCAAGGUUUUAAAUUAUUUUAUAAAUUUGUUGAAUUUUUUUGGCAUUUGCCUGAAAUACUCCCAUGUUAAAUUCCCUCGUCUGAGAUGCUUGGCAGUAACAGGGUCAAUAAACAUGUUCUGGUUUACUGUAUACAGGAGUUACAAACCUCUUUUUCUUGAUAAAAGGUAACAAUCUAAAAAGUCAACAAAAAAGUAAAAAACAGAUGUCUAAGUAUAUAUUCAUUAUAAAAAUGCUACCUUUUCUAAAAGCUGUAUACAUGUAAUUUGUUAAAUAGUUUAAUAAAUAUUUUUCUAUCUC